AUGAUGCCUUUUGUGACAUCAGCACUUGCCUUGUUUACAGGUUCCGGAUCACCGGAUGAUGAUGAUGAUGGCGAUGAUGAUAAUGAUGAUGAAGAUGAUCAUGACGGUGACAGUGUAAAUAAUAUUGACAUUGACAAUAACAAAAACAAGGAAUAUUCUACAUCCAUAUCUUCUUAUAAUUUACAAAAUUUGCCAACUUAUUCAACGCUAAAACUGGAAAAAGAACAUCAAAUUCAACGAAAGUCUAAUAAUUUGCAUUCUUUUCAUUCUUCAUCAACUCUUACUAAAAGUCCGAUUUCUGAAUAUUACUCACGUGAAAAUGAUGCACGUGCAUAUGAUGAUGACGAUGCUAAUAUGAACAAUGGUGAAUUGUUUUAA